AUGACUAAAAGAAAACAAAAUAAUAACUCAACUUCAAGUAAUACAGAAACAGACUCCAGAAAUUUAAGUAAACCAAAAUCAGGGCAUCCAUUAACAGGAGUUUGGAAAUGUUUUGAAAAAGAUGCACCUAAAGGCGAUAGUCAUUGGGAGAGAACCUAUCUUUAUUCUAAUGAACUAGAGUUAAAUUUAAAUGUUUCAAAUUUUAUUGAUCUUUGUUCUUCAGUUUUUACAAACUCUAAAGAUCAUUAUGAAAAUGAGACAGUUCAAUGA